AUGAGUCGUCGAAGUAUAUUCAUAACACUCGGUGUUCUCGCCCUGUCAGAAACAGCACGAAGUAAUCAACUACGAGGAUAUCUACGGAAUGAUCGUCACGACCACGUGAAGCCAACAAGCAAGAGUGAUGAAAAUUUCAUCCCCUUUGACAAUGACGAAAAGGACGCGAAGUCGGUUGCAGUAAAGAAAGGUCAGGCUCGAAUAGUUGGUGGAACUACAGCCCCUAUACAGCCUAACUUCGUCAUGAAUCUUGCCAUAACCGAAAAUGGGUUCAAGUUUGGAGGUUGCGGCGGUACCCUCAUCUCCAGGUGUCAUGUCUUGACCGCCGCACAUUGCGUGACCGAAAGUGGACUGAAUGCGGCAAAUGCUUUAUAUAUAAAUGCAUACAAACCAUCCGCAAACAACGAUCAGAUUCCAUUCCAUUUUUCUUCUGUGGGAAGCAUCACCGUUCAUCCCAACUACGAUAGCGAAUGGUCUUCGACUAACGAUGACAUUGCAGUCAUCGGACUGUCGUCAUGUGUUGACGAACAUCCUUUCAAAGAAUUCUUCCUACAAAGUAUAAUGCGCCUGGCGGAUUAUGGAUUCAUGGUCAAAAUGUACGAAGGAAGACCAGUUCGACUUUCCGGUUUUGGACGAAAAUCACAGGAUCCAGGUUCGACAUUCUCUUCGGUUCUUCAAAGCGUGGAGGUGCCGUACAUUUCCAACGAAAUGUGUAAGGAGAGAUUCUAUGGCGAGCAUCUUCAUCGUGACGAAGUUUGUGCUGGGCGCUGGGAUGGUGGAAAGGACGCUUGUCAAGGAGAUUCUGGAGGCCCAAUGUUUGUCGAAGAAGGCAAUGUUCAAACCCAAAUUGGCGUUAUCAGUUGGGGGCAGGGUUGUGGCGAGCCAAAGAAACCAGGCGUGUACGCCUCCGUCGCAUUUCAUCAUAGUUUCAUCAUGGAUGUUGUUUGCGAAACCUUGAACACAGAGGAAAUCUGCAAGAAUCACCCAUCCUACGUGCCGCUAACACCAUCCCCAUCCAGGAUUCCUUCAGCGGCACCCUUCGAAUCACCAUCUGAAGCUCCUUCGUCAGACCCUUCUCAAUCCUUUGCUCCAUCCGAUUCACCGUCAGCAAAUCCAUCCAGUAUUCCUUCGGCAGCGCCAUCAACACAUUCGAAUGCCCCUUCGGUAGAACCAUCGCACACUUCAUCUGAGAUGCCUUCUGAAGCUCCUUCUGUUUCCCCUUCGAAGAGUACUUUGGCUCCGUCCGAUUCGCCAUCAGUACAUCCAUCGAGCAGUGCUUCAGCAGCGCCAUCGGCCACCCAAUCUAACGUUCCUUCGGUAACUCUGUUGCAAUUUUCAUCUGAAACGCCUCCUGGAGCUCCUUCAGUGGCCCCUUUUACGAAUACUUCGGCACCGUCUGAUUCACCAUCACUGACGCCAUCUGUGGUCCCAUCAGACAUGCCCUCCUUAACUCCGUCGACGCAACCUCCAGUUUCAGAAUCAAGGUUUUUUUCAGAAAUUAUGCACUCCUCAUCAGAACCAAUUGAUGCACCGACUAGCAAACUAUCACAAUCUUCAUCUGAGAUGCCUUCUGGAGCUCCUUCUAUUGCCCCUUCUAAGAGUAUCUUGGCUCCGUCCGAUUCACCAUCACUGACGCCAUCAGUGGUCCCAUCAGACAUGCCCUCCUUGGUUCCAUCGCAAUUCCCAGUCUCAGAAUCAAGGCUGUCUCCAGAAAUUGUGGACUCCUCGCCAAUCGAUGCACCGACUAGCAAACCAUCAAAAUUUUCAUCUGGAUUUCUGAUAAGACCAGCAAAUGCACCACAGUCAUGCCGCGGAAUUUGCUACGAACCCUGGUCCUUCACCAUGAAGAAUCCAAAUGAAACAGUCAUCUUGCCCAACGGCACUGAACAUCCCUGCUUUUUGAUCGAUUCCGUACUAAAGAUGCAACAGGAAGACACCGAAAAUAAUUUGUGUAUCAAACAAGCCCUGGAAGCACGGAAUGCUGGCUGCAAAUGUGAAUAG